UGAACAGUCGCUUGACUCACAGCUUCAUUCAACCGGCGAAGGCGAACAGAGCGCACGCUCACCAAGCAAUCAGAUCCAUUUCUUGUUUUCACGCACGCCGCUCGCGAGCCAGAGAAGAGGAGGCGGGAGGGGUGAUCCGCGCAAGUGAGCCAUCGAGAGCCAGGGAGAACGGACUACGGUUCCGACCGCGACAGGGAUGUACAGCAAACACCGACAGAAAUAUGGAAUAUUUUCAUGGAUACAAUGCAGACAUACGCUAAUGAUGUUGUCGCUGUUACUUCUAAACGCCAUCCUUCAGAGCGCAUGUGGAGACAUUCGGAAUCAAGAAGACUCAGCGGGCGGUCGGAUGGUGACGGCUCAGUGGCUCUCGCGGGGGCGCAGUCGGCGAGAUGCUGGAGCACACACACAGGAUCAGUACCCAGAUAGAGGAGAGAUUGUGGUCUCAGCACAGGACCUGGAGUUGGUGCUACAGGUGGAGCGAAACCAGGAGCUUCUUGGUGAAGACUUCACAGAAACCCAUUACAGCCAAGAUGGAACGCCGGUGACCCUUACGUCUAAUCAGACGGAUCACUGCUUCUACCAUGGGCGAGUGCAAGGCCACCAAGACUCCUGGGUAGCCCUCAGCACAUGUUCAGGAAUAAGGGGCCUGAUAGUCUUGAAUGCAAACGCCACAUACUACCUGGAGCCCAGCAGGGCGGGUGGUGAGGAGGUGCUCCACCACUCCUUCUACCGUACGGAGGAGCUGCCCCUCCCCCAGGGCACCUGUGGGCACGGCCACCAGACUGGACUCCCCACUAUCAUCUCCAGUCUCAGACAACCUUUGCAUCAAAGGGUGAGACGCAACGCCGGGGACACGACCAAGUACAUGGAGCUGUACAUCGUGGCCGAUAACACCCUGUACAAAAGACAAAACAAGGACUAUCAUAAAACCAAGCUGAGGAUCAUGGAGAUUGCUAACUACGUUGACAAGUUCUACAGGGCGCUGAACAUCCGCGUUCCCCUGAUCGGGCUGGAGGUGUGGACGGAGCGGGACCAGUGCAUCAUCAAUGAGGAGCCCAACUCCACCCUCUGGUCCUUCCUGCAGUGGAGACAGAAGCUCAAGUCCCGCAAAAAGCACGACAACGCCCAGCUCCUCACGGGUGUGAUCUUCAAGGGUACCACCAUUGGCAUGGCGCCGCUGGAGGGCAUGUGCAGCCAUGAGAACUCUGGGGGCAUCAAUGUGGAUCACUCUGAGUUCCCCAUCGGAGCGGCGGCCACCAUGGCCCAUGAGAUCGGCCACAACUUCGGCAUGAGCCACGACCAUGAGGGCUGCUGCGUGGAGGCCUCGGCCGAGCAGGGAGGUUGUGUCAUGGCCGCCGCCACCGGGCACCCAUUCCCAAAGGUGUUCAGUGGCUGCAGCAAGAGGGAUUUGGACAACUACUUCCAGAAGGGAGGGGGGAUGUGUCUGUUCAACAUGCCCGACAUGAAGGACCUGGUCGGGGGGAAGCGCUGCGGGAACGGCUUCGUGGAGGAGGGAGAGGAGUGCGACUGUGGAGAGCCGGAGGAAUGCACCAACGACUGCUGUAAUGCCAACAACUGCACACUGAAAGUGGAGGCGGAAUGCGCUCACGGCGUCUGCUGUUCAGGAUGCAAGCUGAAGCAGGCGGGCACCAUGUGUCGUGGUCCAGCGGGGGCGUGUGACCUGCCAGAGUACUGUACGGGCGGUUCGCCCUACUGCCCAGCCAACGUCUACCUCCUGGACGGCUCCUCCUGCCAGAGUGGCCAGGCCUACUGCUACAACGGGAUGUGCCUCACCCACGAAGCUCAGUGCCUGCAGCUCUGGGGCUACGGUGCCCGUCCAGCGCACGAUGCCUGCUUUCAGGAUGUGAACGUGGCGGGAAAUGCCUUCGGCAAUUGUGGGAAGGACGCCCAGGGAAAUUACGUCAAGUGUGAAAAAAGCGAUGCCAAGUGUGGCAAGAUCCAGUGCCACAGUGCUGCCAAGAAGCCCAAGGGAACCAAUGCUGUCUCCAUCGACACCACCAUCCGCCGCAACGGCAUGGACGUGAAGUGCCGGGGCACCUACGUCUACACCACCCAGGAGGGCCAGGGGGACCUGCCGGACCCCGGACUGGUCAUCACCGGCACCAAGUGUAGUGAGGGGAAGGUGUGCAAAGAUCGCCGUUGUCAAAAUGCCUCCUUUGAUGAGCUGGAGACCUGUCUAGACAAAUGCCAUGGACACGGGGUUUGCAACAGCAAUGGCAACUGCCACUGCAACCGUGGGUGGGCUCCCCCUUACUGUGAGAAACCUGGCCUGGGUGGCAGUAUGGACAGCGGGCCUGUUCAAUACGACAGUCAGCUGGGUCUGGUCAUCGGGCUCUUGUUUGCCUUCCUGGUGCUGCUUCCCACCAUCCUCAUCCUCUUCUAUUGCUUCAGGAUCAAGAGCUCCUACUACCACAAGUGGCUUUCACAACGAGAGAAGACCAAGGCCAGCAGGAAUGAGGCAUCCAUAGAGAAGGGCAAGAAUGGCCACUUGAAUCCAGCGUUUCACCUGAAGGUUGUAGCGCCUUCCAACAAGGGCACCAACCUGAAGGGGAUUCCCCACACCAGCAAAGAGGUCCUUCCUCUUCGGCCGGGUCCCAUCCCUAAUGGAACUCAACCGGUCAACGUGGUGCGUCCGCUGCGGCCGGCCCCGUCCCCCCACACCUCCCCGCGGGACGCCAAGGGGGCGGCGCGGCCACCCAUCCCCGUCAGCAAACCGCCCGCCGCGCCACCCAAGUCCCCCGCUCACGCCCACAAGCUGAGCCCGCCUAAGCUCAGCCCGCCUAAGAAGCCAUUGCCUCUCAACCCCACGCGCUCACCAAUGUUGGUGUCCCAGUUGAGGGCCCACCACUCCCCCUCCCCUCCCCAGAGGCCUCUUCCCCUGAGUCCGGCGCGGUCGGCCCCGUCCAAACCCUCCUCCUCUGGGGGGCUCUUGGUCAUGAUGCCUCCUGCCGUGGGGCCCAAGCCUGUGGGCAUGGUGACCACCGCACCCUCUCUGAAAGCACUCAGACCUGUACCUGGAGCAAAACCAAACACAGCCUCAUCGCCUUUCAGAAAAUGACCCUGGCAGGAAAUGGACUCUGGACCAGAGACUGCAGUCAGCCUAUUUGCACUAUAACAAAAAAAUAUAUACACCAACAAAAAUGAAAAAACAUAAAGACCUUGUUUUAGAGGCUGGUACAGGGCAGGGGACAGGCUGGCUGUCCAAGUAAAUCCUCCAGGAGAGGUCCAGUGGUACCGGGGUUACAGUACUGGGGUCCAUAAACAUCCCCACAUACCCGAACCCAAUCCCCCCACCGUCUUUAUCCUAUGACCCCCUAGUAUACUGUUGACGACCCCUACCACGCUUGGCAGAACCGGCCCGGCACACGAGAAGACGCGGUUUUUGCACUCUGAACAUUCUGAUGCAGGACUGAGACGACAAGUUGGAAACAGAUAAACGUAAAAUAAAGUCACAAAAUUUUACGUUUUCUGCGUGGCUAGAGGAGAGUUCACGUUACCAAAAUCUUGAUUCAAUUGUCAUUACGUUUACGUGUUUCUUUUAUUUUUCGUGUAUUGUUUGACUUGUUUUUUGUGUGUACUGUGUGUGUGAGAGUGUGCGUGUGCAUGUGUGUGUGUGUGUGCGCGUGUGUGUGUGUGCGUGCGUGUGUGUGAGUGUGUUUUAAAUAACGGAUUGUCUUGUUUACAUUUUAGCUUUUUAAUUUUUAUGUUUGAUUUGCCAAAGAGAGAUUUCUUUUGUCCGUUUUUUUUAACUGUGUCAUCAUUUAUUUUACCAUGUGAAUUUUCUCAAGUGUAUUUUGUUGUUUUAUUGCAUCCUUACAUAAAA